CCCGCUUCAGCGCUGAUCUCAGUUUCGAUUCAACAUUCGCAGCAUGAAAGGUGUCAAUUAUUUUGUGCUCUGCAGCGGCUUUUGCCUGUUGGCCCUGGAGCUAAGCAGCGCAACGAGCAGCAGCAGCAGCAGCAGCGGGAUUAAUGAAACACCCAGCGUUGCUCUAACCCGUCAAGCCAUCGAGCUGGGCAUGGAGCCAGCGGCAUUGGGUGAAUUGUGGAGAACCAAGCAGCCGGUGAUAAUCAGCAAGCCGGACGCCCAGGGUCAGAUGUAUACGACGACCUACACGCUCUCGCCGGAUGGUCAGAACAUAAGCAAGACUUCCAGCAAGGAGGAGCUGCCGACGACUACGCCCGCAACUCAGCCAACAGCCAAGCCCUCGGAGAAUCCCCAAACCGACUGGGAAUACCUGCCUUCGAGUGUGGGCAAUCGACGCACCUUCACAAUGGGCGGCAGUUCGCCGUUUGACGAGAAUUGGCCAAGUUUUCGUGGCUGGCCCAGCCUCGACUUUCCAGCUGGCAUCACGCCGCAGACAACCACCAAGACGGAAAAGGAUGAUCAAGGACGCACAGUGACCACAACGAUCAAGACAUAUAAUGGACCGCUGGGCAGCAGCAGCUGGACAACGGGCACCGAUCCCAAGCCGAAUUGGCCCAGUUUUGAGUUUCCAGUGGGCGUUGUUCCACAGACAAGCACCACAACGGAGCAGGAUGAUCAGGGCAGGACGAUUACCACAAGGACGCGCACAUACAAUGGGCCACUCUUUAGCACCUGGACAACAGUUGGUGGCAAUGUUGGAGGCGGCUUGCCCGCCAGCUGGCCAGCAUCCAGUCCUCCCCUAUUUAAUCAUGGUUUGCCUCGCUGGUUUAAGAAUCCUCAUUUCGUGACUGGAGUUGAUGGAGCUGCAGCAGGGCCUGGAGCAGGAGCUGGAGUUGGAGUUGGAACUGAAGCUGGAGAGAUGCCCAGCUUGGUGCCCAGCUUGGUGCCCACGAGUACAGUGAAACCUGCGCCCGUGCCCACGCCUUAUCCCUUCCCCACCCGCCAGCCAGACAGCAGUCUGCCACCAUUGCCCACAGCUCCGCCCAAGCCGUUGUCCAGCUUGGACGACACUCUCAGGCCGGUGAGCAACAUCAAUCUGGACGAGCUGCCCGUCACAAAAAUUAGCUAUCGAGGCAAUUUCAACUCGAUUGAGCCAGUGAAGACGGCCGAAAUGGACCCACAAGUGAGGGAUAUGUUGGAACGUGGCGGCAUCACCGACAACGACAUACACCAGGCCAAGGAGCUAGGCAGCGAUAUAGUGCGCACGCGAGUCCUGCCCGAUGGCAGGACAAUCAGGACAACGGUGCGCGUCAACAAUUGGACGGCAGCUGCCGCACCUGUAGCGCCCGCACCACUUGCACCACCACCCCCUAGGGAUAGCACAAUAGAGAACUUCUUGGCCCAGGUGCAUCUAACGCCAACGGAUAUCAGCAAUCAAAACGGGGAACUGGUCAAAACGAUUGUCGACCAAAAUGGACGCGUCUUGAGCGUGAAAUUUGUGCUCAGCAAUGUGAAGGGAGAUGAGGGCCAGGGCCAGGCGCAAGAGCAGCCAACCAAAUAGACGAGUAAAUGGACUUAGGCUUAGCGAAUUUUCAUGAAAAAUGUG